UACAAUUCAUACAUACGCAAAGACAACGUACGCGCACACGCUCUCCCCCCUUCUCUCUCUCUCUCUCUCUCUCUCUCUUCUGCGGGACUAAAGAGUUUCUAGGGUUCUGUACUUACUUCGAUAGCAAGCUAAGCUGCAACCGGAAUUGCGCUCCUCCCGGUCGAUCCCUCUCCCGCCGAUUCGGCCGCCAUGAAGCUCACCGUCAAGACGCUCAAAGGCACCAACUUUGAAAUCAAAGUGCAGCCCACCGACACCAUAAUGGCUGUCAAGAAGAACAUUGAAGAUGUACAGGGGAAGGACAACUACCCGUGUGGGCAGCAGUUGCUGAUUCACAACGGUAAGGUAUUGAAGGACGAGACCACAUUGGCUGACAACAAGGUCUCUGAAGAUGGCUUCCUUGUUGUCAUGCUCAGCAAGCAGAGCAAGAUUUCAGGCUCAGCUGGCACUUCGUCCACACAGCCUGUUUCUACCACUGCAGCAACAACUGCAGCAACCACUGCAGCAACCACUGCUGCAACCACUGCAGCAACCACUGCACCUUCUAACCCUUCUCCAGCACCUGACGCCCCUGCACAAGCACCUCCUUCAAAGGGCACAUCCACUUCAGAAGGGUCAACAGCUAAUGUGCCUUCUGACGCCUACAGUCAAGCUGCUUCCCAUUUAGUUGCUGGAAAUAAUCUGGAGGAAAGCAUCCAGCAAUUAAUGGACAUGGGUGGUGGGACCUGGGAAAGAGAGAUGGUUGUACGUGCUCUCCGAGCUGCAUACAAUAAUCCAGAGAGAGCAGUGGAUUAUCUAUAUUCUGGUAUACCGGAAUCAGCUGAAAUUGCUGUACCUGGGGUUCAUCCUGCUAGUCAGGCAAAUGAAGCAGGUGCAGCGGCACCUGUACCUACAUCUGGGGCACCUAAUACUUCUCCUUUAAAUUUGUUUCCUCAGGAAGCACUGUCAAGUGCUGCUGCUGGUGGUGGACUUGGAACGCUCGAUUUUCUUAGAAACAAUCAACAGUUUCAAGCAUUGCGUUCUAUGGUGCAAGCAAAUCCCCAGAUUUUGCAGCCCAUGCUUCAGGAACUUGGAAAGCAAAACCCUCAGCUUUUACGAUUGAUACAAGAGCACCAUGCAGAGUUUCUUCAGUUGAUAAAUGAACCUCUUGAUGGGUCCGAAGGGGAUAUAUUUGAUCAGCCUGAUCAAGAUAUGCCUCAUGCUAUAAAUGUAACGCCAGCUGAGCAGGAGGCCAUAGAGCGGCUUGAAGCAAUGGGAUUUGACAGAGCCCUUGUCAUCGAGGCAUUUUUGGCUUGUGACCGGAACGAGGAAUUGGCGGCGAACUAUCUAUUGGAGCAUGCUGGAGAUUUUGAGGAUUGAGCAGCGACUUUUUUCCUUCAGGCUUAUAGUUUUUCCUUAGAGUAAAUUAUAUCCUCGAAAUUUUUUUCUUUUUGGGUCUGACAUGUCGACUGCUUGGUAUUUCAUUGGUUUUCCGGACAAUCUUCCUCCUCCUUGUUCUUAUUCUUCUUCUUCAGUUUUGGGGGGAGGGCAAAGGCAAUUUGAAUUUCUUUUUUGGCUCUCAAAUUGUUCUGGGCAUUGGAAGAUUUAACUGGGUAUGUAUGGAAUGAUUCUAUGGACUUCUUCUUUUAUGAAGGAAAGAUGGAAGAGGUCACAUGAGGCUGAGUGUUCAUGUCCUUAGUUUACUGCUGGAUGACAACAUAAAGGAUGAAGGACUGAUCUUUGCUGGGCGCUGUUAAGGGGUGAACAAAUGUUGUCAACUUGACAUUGUUGGUUGGACUAGUUUGUGUCUACAUGACUGCUAAAUACGAGAAAACUGGAGAUUACAUUGAAUCAAUGAAUUCUGUUUUUGAUCUGGA